UAUGUACACUCAUCCAUCACCACCGCCGUUACUCCAUACUUCCUCCUCUACUAACCAUCACCAUCCUCUUCUUCCUCUUCCUCUUCCUCUUCCUCUUUUUCUCCACCUUCGCCUCUCUUGACCACAGACCACAUCCCACAUCAAAUGACCUAUCCUCCUCUCGUCUCUUCUUGCUCUCUUCGUCUUCGUCCUUGCGCCCUGCAUUCUGCUAUGCCAACAACCAACACUGGGGCUCUUCUCGACUGGGCUUGCCACUAGUCCUUUUAUCGUCAACUUCCUCUUCCGACGACCCACGACUCGCUACGGUACCGUACUCUACUACUUGUACUCUAACUCAACUCUACUGCUCCUCUCGCUUUCGUUCCCGCAACUCCACCACCACCGCAUCCUCCUCUACCACCACCGCUCUAUACCCUGCCUGCGUGUGCGCUCCUCCUCCCUCCUCGCCAUGCUCACAUCCUCUCCCACAAUCUCUGCGCCUUCGUCUCCUUCCGCCACCUUUCACACACACGCUCGCUCGUACCAUGCCUCGCGCCGUACCUCGUCUUCAAUUACCGCUCCCUCUCCGCGCUUCCUGCCCCAGGUGACGGCAUCCUCACCAAGGCGCUCCGAUCAGCAACAACAAAACAACACCAAUAACACCAAUAACAAUUCCGUAGCCUCCGUCCACAUCUUGACCCGAUCGCCGAGAAUAAGGAAGAGGGAAUACGAAUAUACAGACUCCGGCACCCAAUAUACACCUCCCGAUUACCCACCUACAUAUCGGCCGCAAGCUGCCCAAAAGCUUCCCGCCAUAGAUUUGCCCGCUGCGCCCACUUCUGUCCCCUCUCCGCGAACGCAAGCCGAGAUUAUCCCCGCAACCGCUGAGCAGAGGGCUUCCUCUGCGCAAGCCGAAGUCACGGAGCCCCCAGAGCCUCAAUUGCGGAUAGAUCCGCAGCCCCCAGCUACCCCGCAACAACAGCAACAGCAGACGAGUCGAUCCGCUAGGAAAACACCAAAGGAAAUCCCCAGAUCGAAUGACUUGUCGGAUGAUGCGCAGGACGAGCCGGAACGAGGUGUCGAGACGCCAUUGUCCCCUGCUAAGAGGUCACGGCCUCAAAAUCCUAAUGUGAAGGUCAUGCCACUGAAGUACGAAACCUGCGAUGUCAAGGAUUUGGGUAUUUUGAUAUCGGAUAUGUUAAUGGAACUGGUCCGCCUAAAUGACGGCUUUCCGCUUCGCGAUGGGCAGCUCACCAGGUUUCAUUCAAGGGCUCCCCCAGGCAUCUCCGUCCGCGAUUAUCUCUUCCGUCUCAUUGCACAUGCGACUCUUUCCCCUCCGAUUUUGCUCUCAAUGGUGUUCUAUGUCGAUAAACUCUGUACCAUGUACCCCGCCUUCACCAUCAGCAGCCUUACGGUUCAUCGCUUCUUGAUCACCGCCGCUACCGUGGCUGCCAAAGGGCUCAGCGACAGCUUUUGGACCAACAGUCUAUAUGCGAAGGUGGGAGGCGUCAGUCUACGAGAACUCGCUUUGCUCGAAUUGGAGUUCCUCCGGAAGCUCGAUUGGCGCAUAGUCCCAAAACCCGAGACUCUGGUGGAUUAUUACAAAGGGCUAGUCGAGAGAGGAGAAGGAUACGUGAUGGAGAAGGAAUCAGAAAGUUCGCCAGCGAGCAGUCCGACUUUACCGAGUCAACAACAAACAAACCUCCCUUCGGACGGUUCGAAGGUUGCAGAUCCAUUGAACCCAGCUUAAUCCCGGAAGAAACACGAGAGAUCGACAAAUAAUUAUCCCUGCAUACAAUACGGCGCCGGCACCGAGUCCGCUGCCCACAUGUUCAACGAGGGGCUAGCUUGCAGAAGACUCACCUGCCAAAGGUGUUCAGAUAUAGUCCAGAGACCAAGCUGUGGUAUUGAGCAACCUCUGCAGCCUGUCGGAGAAAGCAAUAGCAGUCUCAAUGUUGGAUUUGCUUGACUUCACAACAUUGCGAGCUCAGUCAUCAAAGUGCAGCA